AUGGUGAAAAGAAGUCGUUUAUCAGAUUCAGAGAUUGAGAAACUGCUUUUAGAAAGUGACGAUAAUUUCAGUGACAGUUCUGAAAGUUUUCAUGAUACAGAUGUUGAGGCUAGUGAAAGUGACUUCGAUUCAGAAAAAUCUGACGAUGAGACACUACUGCAGCAGACGGUACCUAGUGAAUUUCUGUGUGCUAGUUCAGUUCGUAUUCAAUAUUUGUUCAGUGGUAAUAGUGGUACAGUUGUUCCUCUAAAACAAAACGAUGUGAUGAGUUGUUUUAUGUGUUUUGUGGAUGAUGCUUUGUGCACAAUGAAAGCUGAACAGACGAACUUAUAUGCAGAACAGCUCAUAGCUUCUCAUCCCAAUUUAGCAGCACGCUCCAGGGUUCACAGUUGGCAGAAUACUACAUGCAAUGAGGUAAAAACACUUAUUGGAAUGCUUGUACUUCAAGGAAUUCUUCACAAACCAGACCACAAAAUGUACUUUUCAAAGAGGGAAUCAGUUGACACACCUUUCUUCAGGAAAGUGAUGAGUGAAAAGUGGUUUCAUCUUCUAUUGAAAUUCCUUGACUUUGCUGACAAUACCUCAUAUGAUUCACUAGGUACUAUCAGCAGAAAGCUAUUCAAAAUUCACCCCAUUAUGGAGCAUUUGUGGCGUAAAUUCAGAUCAGUGUACAUGCCAGAAAGGAACAACACCAUUGACGAAUCGUUGUUGCUCUGGAACGGACGGCUUGGAUGGAAGCAGUAUAUUCCAUCAAAGCGUAGCAGAUUCGGCCUCAAAUUGUACGAACUCUGUGAAAGCAGUUCCGGCCACUAUCCAGAUAAAAAAAUAGCCUCUCGAAUUGUUUUGGAGCUUGCACAUGAUCUACUCAGGAAAGGCCACUGUAUUUAUCUUGACAACUGGUACACCAGUACAGAUUUGGUGGACAAACUAACCAGCAAUAACACUGAUGUUUAUGGAACCAGCAUAAAAGCAAUACAGUCAGUUACUCAUUUGUAA